AUGCCCCCAGCAGGUCUGCAUCAUCACUGUGAGAGGUGCUCCAGCCUCCACUGCCAAGCCCCCGUGAACACCUCUGUCUCCUGUGUGGUCAUUAAGUGUCAUCUACAUUGUGGUGCUGCCUUCCAUAUGUGUAAGGAGAAGGAGCACCAGUUACUGUGUCCCAAUGAGAUGGUCCCCUGCCUCAACGUUGACUACGGCUGUCCCUUCACCCUGCUCCGCCACAGGCUAGCCAAGCACCUGGAGGUCUGCCCCGCCAGUACUGUUAUCUGCUCUCAGCAAUGGAUCCGCUUCCCAGUGCCAGACACGGCCAUCUACAGGACCGGCCUGGCUGACCCAGAUCAUCAGAAGCAGCUGAACGUGUCUAUGGCCCUGAGAGACCAGGAGCUCCUCUUCAGAUGCCUCAAGAUGAAGACCGUCUUCCCUGAGCUGAUGGAGAAGGUGGAAGAAGAACCUGCUCAGAAAGAGAUAGAUGUAGGUGUCACCAGCUCUGCAGGUGAAGGUCGUAGUUCAUUAGACCCUGGUGAAGCAAUUGAGGAUGGAGAUAAUGGUUAUGGUUAUGGAGAUGGGAUGGAGCUGGAGAAGGAGCUGAGUCAGGAGGAGAGGGAGGCCUUGUCCAAUAACAAGGACAUGAAGAGACGUCAACAAACCGUGAACAACAUGGAAAAGAAGAUGAAUCUUGGUGAAGAAGAGAAAGCACGCAGCUCAUCAAAUGGUCUUCGAAAGGUGGAGGGGGAUGGAUCAUCCAAGAAGUGCCAGGAGAAUGGAGCCACCGCAAGUGUUGUAGAUGUCACUAGGUCUGGCCUUGCACCGUGGCAGGACGGCGUCGUGGAGAGACUGCGUAGAGAGGUCACCAUUGCAGAUUUCAACAUGUAUCUGUUGCACCAUGGAGCCAUGCUGAUCAACUUCGGUCAACUUGAUGCCUGUACUCCGAGGGAGAAGGACUUUGUUUACGGAAACCUGGAGCCCGUAGCAGUUCAAACUGUGCGCACGUUCAAUGUUCCCACGAGCUACCGUCCGAAACGGAUUCACAUGAACAACCCCUGGUCACCGAUGGUCAACAAAAGCGUUGAUACAGCUGAUCUAGGGGUUUCGGUAGAAGAUCUUCCAAAGUGUGAUGAAGUCAAUGCAACUUUGUUGUGCUUCUUGGAGAAAGAGCUAAAGGGCCACAACAUCUCAGAGGGUGGAGGAGCAGACGGCCUCUAUGUAGACGUCGGAACACAGACUUACAACUUUCCCUCUGCUCCGUUCAAACCUGAAGCCUCGCUGGCGGACAUCAUCACAGACCAACACAAAGGCCUCUAUGUCCAGAUCCAAACUGAGGACAUCACCAGAAGACACAACUCUACCAACUCUGCCUUUAGUUACCUCUGUGGCCACGUCUUCCGCCGCGACGAGUACCACACUCACUUAAAGAACGUGCACUUGGACAUCCAGUCCUGCCUGAACGGCUGGUUCGAGCAGCGCUGCCCACUAGCAUACCUGGGCUGCAACUACAGCCAGAGGAGGUUCCAUCCUGCAGGUCAGAAAGCCAUGGUCACCUACCGCCAGGAUCUCAGCACCUUCAGCCUCAAACCAGAGGGCUCCUCGACACUGUCCGACUCUGGAAAGACCAUCACCAUCACCUCAGACAGGAAACGUCCUCGUAACCUGGACCCGUUGAGCAGACUUCCCUUUGAGAUCCUCCAGCAUGUGGCAGGGUUCCUGGACAGCUUUACCCUGUCUCAGCUGUCCCAGGUGUCCCAGUUGAUGAGGGAGGUGUGUGUCACACUGCUAGAGGAGAGGGGGAUGGUCUAUCUGAAAUGGGAGAAGAAGACCUACUCACAUGGAGGAACAUCAUGGAAAUGCAGAAAAAAGGUGUGGGAGUUUAGCAGUCUGUUUUCCAAGGUGGACAGUUGGUGCUUUGACGACGAUGUCGCCUCCAUGUCUGAGCACCUGAAGGUCUGCCCUUUCUACCAGAGAGAGGAGCUCAGUAAGCCUGUAAAGCUAGCCAGUAUGGAGGGGGCCAGAGAGAGACCCCAGCGCCAGAGUCUACUGGACCUACCUCUAGCAGACCCAUAA